AUGAAUUAGUGCAGAAUUAACCACCAUGAUUGUCAAAGAAUUAAAUACAUCUGCUUAGACAAGCACUGUGAUCAGGAAUAAAAGAUAGGUACUGAAAAUAUCAAAAAUGUAGGCUGUGCUGAUUGUUUUUUAGAAUUUCAUGUACCAAAUGAUUUUGGCUCUCAUCAUAGGAGAUUAAUAUCAGAGUUUGAAGUUGAAUUGAAAGGUAAAAUAGAUAAAUUGGCAUCCUUGUCAAUUUAGCCAAUAUGCAAUAAUACAGAGAAGGUAGAUCAAUAAUUUGAUAUUUGCAUGAAUAAUCUGAUUUAGAUAAUGACUAAUUACAAAGAAUAAAUUAAGCAAGAGAUGAACAAUGAAAAAUUGGAUUUUCUAACGUAUGUUAAUGAAUUUAAUCAAAAAGUUGAUUAGAAGAUUGAUUUGUAAAAUACAUAAAUAUCACAUUUAUCAACUUUUGAAAUUAAUAAAUCAUUAUCCUUUUAUUAGAAUACAAAUCAUAUUGUUAAUGACUUAAGAAAGGAUUAACAAGAAUUGGAAAUACAUAAAAAGAAAUUAAAUUAAAAAAACUAAAAACUAGUCUAAAAGCUAAGAACUACUUUUGAAUAAAUCAUGAAAGAGUUUCAUGAUCAUAAUAAUAACAAUAACAACAAUAAUAAUAAUAAUAAUGAUACAUCAUCUACUCCUGAAAAAUAAAUCUGUCCCUCUUAAUUUAGUAGUACUACGCAAUCAACCCCAACAAAGAAUAUUGUGGAUGUUGCUCGAUCGAAAAAACAAAAAAAAGGAAAGAAUUGA